UGGUAUGACUACGACGCCACACUUUCCGCCGUACGGUAUUAACGAAGCACGCGUUUAUCAAACGUGGACUGCUAAUUUUUGAAAACUAACAAAAAUGUCGUACAAAGGACCGCAAAAAGUUCAAAAGGUGAUGGUACAACCCAUCAACCUUAUAUUUCGAUACUUGCAAAACCGUUCGCGUGUGCAAGUUUGGUUAUUUGAGAACAUAAACCUUCGAAUCGAAGGACACAUUGUUGGUUUCGACGAAUAUAUGAACUUGGUGCUCGACGAUGCGGAGGAAUAUCAUAUGAAGACGAAAAACAGAAAACCUCUUGGAAGGAUCAUGCUAAAAGGCGACAACAUAACAUUAAUACAAAAUACGAAUCCAGGGGUGAAUUAAAUACGAAAACAUAACCUCGGAGGACAUUCUAGGAUGAAUGAUAAACUUUAUUCUCUUCUACUUCUCGUGAACAUUGCGUGUGUGGACUGUAAACAACAUGUGACACGAAAACAUUCGACGAGGACAAAAUUAGGUCUUAAGAGUUGUAAAUGUCUUGUGUCAUUCAGAACACUCGGAGUAAACAAUAAUUUCCUACAAAUGUAAUUGUAAACAUCGCUGUUGUAUCAGUAUUCUGGAUCGAAAGAUGAAAUUAUUAUCGUAAUCCUGUACUUUUCGAACAAUUUAAAAUAUCGUAGAACUGUGCGAUGUAUGUUGUGCUUGUGCAGAUGACACAAUUUUAUACUACUGUUUAUCUUUUACGAAAUCUAUGGAUGUAAAUAUUACAUGAUAAACAAUUAAUGUAAUAGAUACAAUAACUUUGAUUAUCUUAUGUUUAAUAAAUAUUUUUGAAUCCUAACUUA